AUGUCGAGUCAAUUCCCUUCGCUCAAGCGGGCCCAGACCGAUCUCCCAGCGCAGCAAUCCAGCCCAUUGCGACACGGGUCAACAGCGUCUACAAACUCUUCCAUCUACUCCGUCGGAUCAAGCUCCUUUGCUCCCAGUCGAACAAGCACGGUUUCAUCCAAUGCAUCCAUAAAAAGCACUUUAAGCCAUCACCGAGGGAAAAGUGAGGCCAGUGCUGUCAUCAUGGAAUCAACAGACCGAGGAUUACCCAAUGCUGGAUCAACGUAUGAGAAUAUCCGUCGGUCUUUGCGACCCUUGCAACAGGCGCCAAACAUUUCCCCAACAAGCCCCAAGGCGGGCGCCUAUCGUCACACGCGCAGUCACACUAUCGAUGAACAACAGCAUCACAAGGAUGUUCGACCUAGUACCCCCGAGUCACAUCACGUCCAUUUCAAAGAAAACGAAUCGCCCCGGUAUCGAUCCCCCGCAGUUGAACCUCAAACAUCUCCAAUGGGAGCUUCCCCGCGCCAUUGGUCUCCUACUCCAACCCCGGGAUCGUCGCGUCCUUCAUCGCCCCAAAAGACAUUGCCUGGAAGUCCUCGCCCAGCUCAGUUGACGACCGCAAUUUCUGCGCCGGAACUCGAAACGUUUCAAAAAUCGUCUAUCGGUCAUCUCCGAACAUUGUCAAAGUUCGCUAAAUCCGGGGAGGGCGAGGAGUUUCAACUUGCGUCCGCCACUGCUUCUGUGAUUGGGUUACAGGGACGGCGACGCUUGAAACGUGCAGAUUCGGUGGCCGGAAGAAAGGGUGCCAUAUCUCCAGAAAAGCCCAAGGCGUCUUCAUGGGCAGCAGGAAAUUGGAUGGAUCAACAGCGUCAAUUUUUACAAGCAUAUGAAUAUCUUUGUCACAUUGGUGAGGCUAAAGAAUGGAUCGAGGAGGUCAUCAAGAAACAAAUUCCGCCAAUUAUUCAGCUUGAAGAAGCCCUGAGAGAUGGCGUGACGCUAGCAGAGGUGGUCCAAUCAAUGUAUCCCGACCGAAAUUUGCGCAUAUUUCGACAUGCAAAGCUACAAUAUCGCCACUCCGAUAACAUCGCAGUUUUCUUCAGAUUCCUUGAUGAUAUUGAACUGCCCGAGCUUUUCCGAUUUGAGCUCAUUGACCUUUACGAAAAGAAAAACAUUCCGAAAGUCAUACACUGCAUUCAUGCUCUCUCUUGGUUACUAUUCAAAAAUGGCAUGCUCGACUUCCGAAUGGGAAACCUUGUUGGUCAACUCGAAUUCGAACAUCAUGAGCUUGAGAAAACUCAAAAGGGCCUCGAUAAAGCGGGUGUCAGUAUGCCAAGUUUCGCAGGUAUGGCCGCAAAUUUCGAUGCAGAGCCAGAACCUGAACCGGAGCCCGUCGAAACGGAGGAGGAGCGAAUUGACCGUGAGCUUCACGAGAACCAGGCCUCAAUUUCCGACUUUCAGGCUCAGGUUCGAGGUGCUAUGAUGCGCUUGAAGCUUGGCAAUUUGAUGAAUGAUCUCUGGGACUUUGAGCCGCUUUUGAUUGAAUUGCAAUCUAUUAUGCGCGGUGAUUGGGCCCGACAAGUUAGCCGAUAUCGAAUUGAAAUGCGCCAAUUUGCGGUUCAACUGCAAGCAAUCAGCCGAGGAUUUAUUGUGCGUCACCGUCAAAAAGGGGAAACUGAGUGGCGAAAGGCACAAGAAUGCGACAUUCUCGAGCUACAAAGCCUCAUUCGGGCGUGCAAAGCGCGAGCCCAAAGCAACUUGCUGCAGACUCGUGUGCGAAAAGAGGAGUCUGGAAUCAAGAGUUUCCAAGCAGCGAUCCGAGGUGCGCUUCAGCGGAAGAUUGUCGCCGAUCAGUACGACGAGACUCAAGAUGCAGAAAAGGAUGUUACGGCUCUCCAAGCGGUGAUUCGAGGUGCACUACAACGAAAGAUUGUCGCCGACCAAUACAAGCAGACCAGAUAUGCGGAGAAUGACGUGACUGCUCUCCAAGCGGCUAUUCGAGGUGUACUACAACGGAAGAUUGUCGCCGACCAAUACGACCAGACCAGAUAUGCGGAGAAUGGUGUGACUGCUCUCCAAGCGGUGAUUCGAGGUGCACUACAACGAAAGAUUGUCGCCGACCAAUACGAUCAGACUAGACACGCAGAGAAUGACAUGCUGGCUCUUCAGGCCGCGAUUCGAGGUGCAUUCCAAAGGAAGAGUAUCGCCGACCAAUACGAACAGCUCAGCUAUGCGGAGAGUGGCGUGUCAGGUCUCCAAGCAGCCAUCCGGGGAUCUUUGCAGCGAAAGGAAAUUCACAACCAGUCUCAGCAAGUAGAGCAGGCUAGCAGCCCUGUCAAGUCACUGCAGGCAGUGAUUCGAGGGAACCUCGCUCGCGAAAAAGUGGCUCAAAUCAAGACUUCUCUCCUCAACGAGAGCCUCAGUGUGACUUUACUGCAAGCAGGGGCUCGGGCACUUGCAUGUAGGAGCCGUAUUUUGCAGCUGAAUGAUGAUCUCGCAAAGACAGGGCAAGACUGCGUCGAUCUGCAGACAUUGAUUCGCGGUGCUGCAGCUCGCCAGAACAAGAAAGCGCUCUGUGAUGAAUUGGCGCAGCAUACAUCACCCGUCGUUGAUCUACAAGGCAUCAUUCGAGGCCAAGCCCAGCGAGAGUUCUUACAAUUGCAGCACACCAAGCUUUUGAGGGAGGAGAGCGCUGUUUUAGACAUUCAGUCCAUGACCAGAGGCUUGAUUCAACGCAAGUACAGAGAAAAUGAACGCAGAAUGCUGGAACAACAGGAGAAUUUUAUUGUUGACCUCCAAGCACUUUCUCGAGCCGCCUUGGAACGCAUAAGAGUUGGUGAUAUUCUUACCAGACUAGAAGAGAACGAAGAGGAAAUUUUUGAGCUUCAAGCCCUGAGUCGCGCCAUGCUCCUUCGUUGUCAGGUUGGUGAGAUGCUUGCGGACCUGGAGGAUGAAGAUGAAUUUAUCACCGACCUGCAAGCCAGCAUUCGUGGGAUGCUCGUCCGCAAUCGAUUUGAGGAGCGCCGUCGUCAUUACAAUAGGAACAUGGAGAAGGUGAUCAAAGCUCAAAGUGUUAUCCGGGCGCGCAUCCAAGGUCAUGCGUACAAGAGUCUCACCAGCGGAAAGAACCCACCCGUGGGGACUGUCAAGGGCUUUGUUCAUCUUCUCAAUGACAGUGACUUCGAUUUCGAUGAGGAGAUUGAGUUUGAGAGGUUACGCAAGGUCGUUGUUCAACAAGUGCGGCAAAAUGAGCUUGCAGAGCAGUAUAUCAGUCAACUGGACAUCAAGAUCGCUCUACUAGUCAAGAACAAGAUUACCCUUGAUGAAGUUGUCAAACACCAAAAACACUUCGGCGGUCAUAUUGGCAAUUUGCUCUCCAGCACCGACAUGUCCUCCAAGGAUCCGUACGACCUGAAGGCCUUGAACAAAACUUCCAGAAGAAAGUUAGACCAGUACCAGGUCUUCUUCUUCCUUUUACAGACUCAAUCACAGUAUUUGGCAAGACUAUUCCAGCGACUCCGACAGGUCAAUACCUCAGAUAAAGAGUAUGAAAGAAUCAAGCAUUUGAUGAUGGGUCUUUUCGGAUACUCCCAAAAGAGACGAGAAGAGUAUUACCUCGUUAAGCUUCUUGCACGUUCCGUGAAAGAAGAUAUUGACGGGUUUGUGGCACUUCCUGAUUUCUUGCGCUGCAACGCAUUCUGGAACAAACUAUUCGGUUCUUACGCUAAAUCACCCCGAGACCGUAAAUUUAUGCGUGAUGUCCUGGGAACUGUGGUAAAGGACUCUAUCAUUGACAACCCACAACUGGAUCUCGAGAGUGAUCCGAUCCAGAUCUACCGCUCUUCAAUCAACAAUGAGGAGCUGCGCACUGGUCAACGCAGUCGACGACAUCCAGAUCUUCCUCGCGAGGAAGCAAUCCGAGACCCCGAGACUCGUGAAACUUUUAUCCAAAAUUUGCAAGAUCUCCGCGACAUCGCCGAUCUGUUUUUCGCAGCCUUUGAAGAUUUCCUGUACCGCAUGCCUUUUGGUACUCGAUACUUGGCCAAGCAAAUGUACGAGAACCUGCUUGAGCGUUUCCCCAAUGAGGAACCUGGAUUUGUGCUCCAGACAGUUGGUCACUGGAUUUGGAAGAGUUAUUUCCAGCCAGCUUUGCUAGAACCGGAGAGGAAUGGAGUGGUAGACCGAGGCCUGACGCAAGAACAGAAGAGGAACCUUGGAGAGAUUUCCAAGGUAGUUGCUCAGGUUGCUUCUGGUCGUUUAUUUGGCGCUGAAAACGUUUAUCUCCAACCUCUGAACACAUACAUUGGCGAAUCAAUACAGCGGCUUGGCAGCAUUUGGGGACAGUUAAUUUCUGUCCAAGAUGCGGAGGCCUACUUUGAUAUUGACGAGUUCAAUGAUCUGUAUGCCAAGGCCAAGCCCACUUUGUAUAUCAAGAUGUCCGAUAUUUUCUCUAUUCAUCAACUGGUGGCCUCCCAAAUCGACUUCAUGUGUUCUUAUCCCGGCGACAUCCUCAAACAGCUUGUGCACGACCUCGGCAACGUCAAAAGCAACGAAAAUGAGUUGAUGAGUGUCAGCUCCACGGAAAUCAACCUCACUCUUAACCCCAAGCUAGCUCAAGUCGAAGACCCUGAAGCUGCAGUGAAAGCCUUGUUUAUGGAGACUAAGCGAUGCAUUCUUUACAUCAUUCGAGUACAGAGUGGUACCAACCUACUGGAUAUCAUGCUCAAGCCGCCCAGUGACGGAGAUGAAGAGAGGUGGCGAACACUGGUGCGGGAUGAGCUUAGCACAACCAAUCCACGUCGAGGUGCCUACUCCGAGGCCAGCAGCUUGAUCGAUAUCGGCUCAAUGAGCUACUCAGCGCUCAAGGGCACUGCGUUGGAGAACAUCCUGCGCCUCGAGCAAGCUGGCAAGAUAAGCCGACAAAACCACUACCAGGAUCUUUUGAAUGCCAUUGCCAUUGACAUCCGAACCAAACAUCGCCGCCGGGUUCAACGGGAGCGUGAGUUGGAAGGAGCCCGGUUGACUUCAGCGCGUCUCAGCGAUCAAGCUAGCUACUUGGAGGGACAACUCAAGACGUACAACGAUUACAUUGAACAGGCCAUGGUCACUCUUCAAACCAAGAAGGGAAAGAAACGAUUCUUGAUGCCUUUCACCAAGCAGUGGGAUCAUCAGCGCGAGCUUCAAAAAUCCGGCAAGGUGUUCAAAUUUGGAUCCUACAAAUAUUCGGCCCGCAAUCUGGCAGAUCGUGGAGUCCUUGUUGCUUGGAAGGGUUAUUCCGAUCGACAAUUUGACCGAGUGGAUUUGACCAUCUCCAGCAAUGAAGUUGGUGUGUUCACCAUAGAUGGUAGCAGUGGUAACAUGAUGGUCCCCGGGCCAAUGCGCAAGUACCACUGGAUGAUCUGUUGCAGGCGCAAUUCAACAAUACACAAUUCAUGGACUUUUUCGAUGCACAGAUGA